AUGAAUCCCGCCGCGUGGUCUGCCCUCACAAGACGCACCGAACCAGACGUUUAUAUUCCUCAUCCAGCUCCAAACGCUGAAGUAAAGGACGAAGAAGACGUGUCUAAAAUGGGGUCUUUCUUCUCGCUACUAAAGACCUUGAUUGUUCCUGCGAUCAUCUCUCUCAUCCUUUAUCUCGUAAUAUCCUAUGUCAUUGUCCCGACAUGGAAAAGAUAUCGCAAUAGAUAUAGCAACUACCUGCCACUAGACACGAUAUCAACUCGAACUACGUCGUUGCGUCAACGAGUGCAAGGAGCGGCUGUCCGCUUACUGGUUCCAUCCGCGUGGGCAGCCCGAUGGGGAGAUAAUCGCUAUACGGCCAGCGCACAAGAUGGCUCAGGAAGCGACUUCGACGAUGAUGAGGGGGAAGAACUAUACGAUGUGGACGACAACCGCAGAGAGGCGUUGUCUCUGGAUGCACGGCGAGGGGGGUAUACCGAAGGGAGGCGGUUAAGCAGGGACUUAGAGGAAGGCUUCAAGGACGAUAGCGAUGACGAGGAUGGAAUAUCGGAUGACGAGCAGCACUGA